AUGUUGGAUGACUCGUUCCAGCUGAUGGUACGGCUGAUUCAAUACAGCCUGACGGCUAGCUUCAAGAACAUCACCAAGUUCCCGGGGCAGUUGCCCGUCGCCGAGACGCUGGCCAUUGCCCUUUCUCACUCCUACAUAUGGCAGGACGGCUUCAACGUUGCCGAAGGAGGUGCAAUCACUGACGACAUGAACAAGAAGAAGAAGUCAAGGACUGGCAAGACGGGUGGUGUUGCAGAUACCCCCAAAGUGAAUAUUGUGGUUCGAUUCUCCCGCAUGAGAGACGACAUUGAGAAGUUGCGAGAGGAUAGUGAAGGAAGACCGUCCAUUAUCCGAGGCCUCGAAGAGUGCCAAUCAAUUAAACAAGAAGUCGAGUCCGACGCAACGAGGAUUGACCAAAAGAUGUACAACCGCAACAGGGGCGCCCAGGCGUGCGAGGAGGGCGACGCACUGUUGGAAAAGGCCAGCAAGGAGUGGGAGCAGAUGCUGAGUGAAAAGCUGAGAAUGCAUGGAAUUCGAAAAGAGAUGAAUGCGCUGGCCACUAUCCUGGAACGACUGUGA